CACCAAGAAGACCCAAGUUUUUUUUUUUGUUUUAUUUAGUUGACUUCGAUUCUUUGUCCUCCUAAGUCCUUUCCACAAACAUGGAAGAAUGAGGAAAAUUAAAUUUCUAAAACUAAAAGAUAGAGAAAGAAAUGAAAAUAGAAAAAACUCAAAUUCUCCGCGGAGUCGCGGUUUUCGUGUGUUCAUUUUGGGCCUACUACUUUUUAAACUUUGUUGAUAGAUCCUCAUUGUCCAAGAAAAACUUUUUCUUUGCUUUAUUGUUAAGAAUUUAUAAUCUUUUGUUUGGUGAGGAGAUUAAUUUUGUAUUUUUUGUGAUCUUCUCCCUAAUUUUAAGGAAACAGGAGGUGAAAAGGAGAUGAGCAAAAGGAUCCAGAAGCUUUUCAAUAAAAUAAUCAAAGGUUUGAAGAGUUUGAAGUAAUGGAGCAGCAAAGACACCAUGGCCAGAAGAGCUGAUAUAUAUCGCGUCGUGAGAUGCCCAAAUUGUCGCAAUAUUCUCCUUGAAAAUACCAAUAUUUCCGAGUACCCGUGCAGCAAAUGUGGCAGAAUCCUCCAUGCGAAAGACCGAAGUGCUUCUGGAGAGAAUACCGACUCUUUAGUAGCUCGUGAAGCGAAAAAUUCCACGAACAAGUCGAAGAUUCAAUCGCCAGAUACUUUAUCAGUCUCUUCGAGGGGAAGAACGAGUACUUCUUGCUCAUCAAAUACGCUUCUUUCGGAGGUCGAGCGUGUAAAUGGGAGUUGUUAUCAUCAGGAUAAGGGAGAAUCAGCAAUAACUGGUGAAAAUUUAGAUGGAGAUAGAGAAUCUGAAAAUGCUUUUGUUAGUACUCAAAAAGGUAAAGUCCCAAUUCAAGUGGAUGAAACUGAAAACUUCCAUGUAUAUGAUGGGAAUAAAGGACCGAAAUUGACCGAUGAAUCAAGGGAAUUCUCAUCGAGAAACGCACCUACUGAGGUUUUCAAAUCUUCAGCUAGUAGAAGCCCUCGUUCUUGCGACGGAAGCGCUUCUUUGUCUGAUGAUGGAAGCAGUAGCCGUUUGAGAAAAUGGCAACAGGUAAAAUCGAGACGAACUUUUCGACAGAGGAUGAUGAAUGAGAAGCAAGGAAAAGAAGGAAGUACUUCAGGAACUGAUACGACAACUGCUGAUAUUGAAUCUAAUUUUGAGGACGAGCUCCUUUCUUCGAAAUCGUCAAAUGAGAGGUUUCAAUCUGCUGAAUUGCCGAGCUCAGAUGUGAGCAGAGACGAGUUCUCCUUUAGAUUCGGAAUCAGUGAGGUGGAGAGAGAAACACUGCCAGGUUCUGAAGAUUUUCAUUCGACAGAAGCUGCAAUCAAUUUGGAAGAGGGGCAUAUCUUUGAUACUUGCAGUCAUGGAACUAAAAAUGAAAAAUCAAGAUAUGACGCGACUCGACUGAAUCAUUGGCGCAGAAGUAUUUCUUUCUUACCCCGAAAUUCCAUUUCGCGUCCGCGACUGGAUGUCUGGCGGUCAGAAUCGAUGCCUAAUACACAGAAAUUAUUCUCUCAACCAUCAAGUAGUGCGACUCUGCCAGUUCUUGAAAAUGAGUCGGGGAGGUCACGCAGAAUACAUUUCUGUCGCCCGAUUUUAAGGGGUGCGCCUUUUAUCAUCUGCGACAACGAGAAAUGCGCAAGUCUAGUUCAAAUGCCUGUCGAUUUUGUCCUAUCGAGGAAGAGAGUCAACAAGCUAAAGUGCGGCGCCUGCUUCAAAGUUCUCGAGUUGAAAUUUCCUGCAAGAAACACUUUCAAGUGGAGAUAAGACCAGGUCAGAUUCCAACAAGAAUUAUUUUGACAGGAGAAAUGAAAUGAUAUGAAACUACCGACUCGAAGACCACAGCCUAGAGUUCAUAAUUAUUGGUUGUUUGUUUUUUAUCUUCAUUUUUGUGAAUUUGUUUGCUCAUGCAUAUUUAUUGUUGUGCUUGUGUCCAUUUGUCGAUGUUUUCGCUUAUCUUUAUGAAAUUUACGGUACUUUGCUGUUG